AUGUCCCUCAGCAGUGAUCCAUUAGACUGCAUUGACCACGAGGAAAUUUUCACUGCUAUACAAGCUGCCAUAAAGAAUGACCAGUAUGACCUGGCUCUGCUGCUGCUCCGCUACAAUGCCACAGUGGACCAAAAAGGAAGUCUUCAAAGAACCGCUCUGCAUGAAGCAUCCGUGCUUGGCCUGGAACUUUGUAUACAAUCCGGCGCUUACCCAAAUGUCAUUGAUGUCUGUAAACAUACUCCUUUAGGUCUUGCAGCUAAAGCUGGACUUUUUAACAUUGUAGAGAUUCUGCUUCAGAAAAGGGCCGCUCAUCUUCAGGGGCCAGUGUGUGGUCCAAGCCUCAUUUUCUUGGUUCAGCCUCAGUUUUAUUCGAUGCUUUCACUGCUGCUGGAUUAUGAAGCCGAUCCCAACGUGCCCACCCACAUCGGCCAUCUCCCCAUCCACCGUGCAGCCUACCGUGGAAAUCCGUUAGUGCUGGAGCAGCUGAUCACUGUGACUAAGAAAGAGGUGAUAAAGAGCGGCAUGAGCCUGUUACACUCCGCCACUGCAGGCGGUCACUCUCAGUGUCUGGAUCUGCUCCUGAGCUCUGAGUUUGACCCAAACUUCAUGCUACACCCCAUAGUGUGCAGGAACUAUGAGGACGAACGCAGGUCAGCGCUGUUCUUCGCUGUGUCGCAUAAUAAUGCAGCGAGGCUGCUUCUGGAGGCCGGGGCCAGGCCCAAUCAAGACCCUGUCAACUGCCUGCAGGUGGCCAUGCGACUGGGCAACUACGAGCUAAUCAACACUCUGCUCCGCUAUGGUGCCAAUGUGAACUACUACUCCCGUGUCAACACCACCCACUUCCCUUCUGCCCUUCAGUACGCAUUGAAGGAUGAGGUGAUGCUGCGUAUGCUGCUCAAUAAUGGCUAUGAUGUGCAGUGCUGCUUUUACUGUUCAUAUGCCAGGCCUCACAUGUGCCUGUGGAUUGAGGGCUGGAGCGCUUCUGUCAUCAAAGAUGUUGUGUUCUGUGAGGUGAUCACUGUGUACUGGCUCAAGCACAUCUCAGCCCAAGUAGUGAGAAUCAUGUUGGGUUAUGUUGAUGAUGUGACUCUCUGCCCCAAACUGAGGAGUGUUCUGGUUGAACAAAAACAGUGGCCGGAAAUAGAAAAUGCUAGAAGCCUGAAGCAUCUCUGCAGACUGAAGAUCCUUGACUGUUUGGGUCACUUGGGUCUGAGGGCUCCAGUUUUUAUCAGUUUCCUGCCUCUGCCCACUAGUCUCAAAGACUAUAUUCGCUUCAAAGAGUAUGAUAUUUACAGCAGAGGAAGUAUGACAGAAGAGUAA